AUGGCUGCUGCUUUUGUUGGUCGAGUAGCAUUCUUUGCCAUUUCCAUGGUUUUGCUUUCAUCAUUUGCUACUGCAACUGACUUCGUUGUUGGUGAUAAUGACGGAUGGAAACUUGAUUAUAAUUACACAAAAUGGGCCCAAGAUAAAGUUUUCCAUGUUGGUGAUGUCCUUGUGUUCAAAUACAACAAUGACAGCCACAAUGUGCUGAAAGUGAAUGCAACAUCUUUCAAGGACUGUGUUACCUCUGAUCCACUGGAAACAUUCCGAAGCGGCCAUGAUUGGAUCUCCCUUCAAAGCCCGGGAAAGAAGUGGUACAUCUGCGGCAUUGCAGGCCAUUGUGCUGACCACCAAAUGAAGCUUGUCAUCAACGUCCUUGCCGACGGCCCCGCCCCCGCUCCUACUUCUUCUUCUCACUCUCUUGUCUCCUCUCUUGCCGUGAUGGUCGCAGCGGCCAUGAUUGCCGUUGCGGCCAUCUUCGCCUAG